CGUGUUUCACCCUUCACGGUGGACGCAUGUCGGUACGGGAGUUCGUCUCGAUAAUACUUUCACGUAAACGUUCAUAGUCCGGCUGCGAGUUAUGUGCGCGAACGCACGCUUCAAUAAUCCUCUAUUCAGCAGAUCGUGACAGUGCCAAUGUCUCCUAGCUUAGAGGGUAUCAUGUUUAACAGGAACGCGAACCUGUCAGCUCGCCGGCCAUUGCUCGCGGAACCACAGAAGCCAGUCGUGGUUCCACCUCGAGCACCACCCCGUGACUACGGUAAGUACGGUAGACCCGUGCCCGCGGCGAGGAACCCUUCAGCCGACGAAGGACGAUUCGAAUACAGAUCCGAUUAUUGGAAACCGUCAAAUGUUGACAUCGAAAAACGGCUGCAGGAGACGAGAACACGAGAGAAGAUCGGAUACUUUCAAGACAAAGUGACCCCACCGGAAUUAAACUUGGAUCGUAGGGAAGCGGAAUUAGUGUUUAAAUUCGACCCUCACGCAUCCGCUGAAUAUUUAUCGAGUCAGUAUCAAGCUCCAACAGUUCAAUAUGCAAAGCCCCCGACGCCGGCAAACGGGUUUGCUAACCGUCUACCGGAGAGAGAUGGUCCUUUUGUGUUCGGAGUGCACAGUCCCAGUCAGUUCCCUAUACCGCGUCGGGACGAAGACGACUACGACUACUCCGAGGUGGCCGAGGAGCACGGCCGUCCAGUGAUACGAGACGACGAAUCUACGGAACUCAAUUGUUGUGAUAAAGUGAAUGAGUGGACGGUUAGGGAUAAGAAGAGUCGGAGGACUUUAAAUCGUAUGUUCCAAAUAAAGGAUCGACGGAAAGUUAAAGGUGGGAAGAAAGAAAAGAUUAAGUGUGUGUUGGUGGGAGAUGGAGCGGUGGGAAAGAGUUCCUUAAUAGCUGCGUACGCCCAGGACACCUUUCGGGAAGAAUAUCAGCCGACCGCAUACGACACAUUUAAUGUUGUGGUUGACGUUGAUGACAGGCCGGUCUGUGUGGAAAUCUGUGAUACUGCGGGUCAGGACUCAAUGUCCGAGCUCCGCGAGCUGUGCUAUCCCGGUACCGAUGUCCUGAUGCUCUGUUUCUCCGUGGUUCGUCCGGAGACGUUCAAGUCAGUCGCCGAUCGCUGGAUCCGCGCCGUGUCCUCGGUGCAGGCUCCAGUAGUGCUCGUGGGGACGCAGAGCGACCUGGCCCUCGACGGACGUGUGAUACAGACUUUACGGGCCCGCAACGAACACGCGGUAACAGAAGCUGAAGCGAGAGCAUUGGCGGCAAAAAUAAACGCCACGUACAUAGAGACGUCAGCUAAGACACGGAAACAGCUGAAGGACGCCUUCGACGCCGCCAUCUUGGCAGGGCUUCCAGUUGUACAGAACAAACGACCGCUAUGGAAGAAAUUAUUAUGCCUUAACUAGGAAACUAUAAUUAAAUAAACUCACACGAAUAUAAAUGACUCCAAUGUUUAUAGCGAAAGUUUAUUUUAUCCAAAGCCUAGAAUAAAUAAGCUGUUUAGUGAAUAUGGAACGUGUUAUGAAUGUGCCUUACACUGAUAGAUAAUUGAUGAGUGAUAGAUAAAUAAAUCUUUAGCGGCUAAUGUUUGUUGUUGAACGUUUCAAUUCGACUAUUGGAUAUCAAUGAUGACGUAUUUGUUGUUGACAGCUGAGAAUAUUUUUAUUGUAAUUGUUUUAUAUGAGAGGCUGAUGUUAACGUGUUUAUAUAUAAUUGGAUUGAAUAGCGUUUUAUUAAAUUAGUUUCCUUUAAUGUAUUAUAUAUCAUAAAAUAUAUGUUAUAGUUGUAAAUAUGCAUGAAUAUACUCUUACCGUGAGUUUGAACCUUCGAACUGCACAGUCUCUGGUUUUUCAUUCAUAUAUUCCUUUAUAUCGUGAUGUGCGAUAUUUGAAUGAAUAACUUUAAACUAUUCGUGUUACGUUUGUUGAUGUAAACUCUAGUUAAGCGUACCGUUGUAGAUGUUUUGAUACUCAAUUCGAACUGAUAAUUAUAUUUUGAUUACAAUCGU